GGUCUUCUUUCUUUAUCCUCUCCAUGCACAGGAAAGCUCAUCGGCAGCAUAGUUGAACCUCCCUUCUUCACUAUAAUCUACUCAUGGCUUCCUCCACAGCGACCAGUGAAGCGUCAUCCAGCUCCCGGUUUAUAGAAGCCUUCUCCUUCGCCUCCGGGGAGGACUACGCCUUCCAAGGAUUCUCGGACAGCUAUGGAAACGAGGAUGAUCGAAGGACUGGUCCUCUUUCUCUGCAUCUAUCAGCUCCUCCGCUUUCGCCUUCCUCCUACUUCGCCAUCCCCGCCGGCCUUAGCCCCACCGGCUUCUUGGACUCCCCUGAUCUCCUCUCAUUUAAUGUGUUUCCAUCUCCUACGUCUGGAUCGCUGCUUUCUUCACAAGCUUUCAAUUGGAGACCCACUGGUUCCGACUGUCAGCAAGGAAUAAAGGAUGAGGUCAAGUCCAACUCUGAGUUUUCUUUCCAAAUUCAAGCCAGUAAUGAAAAUAAUCGAGCAUCUUCCUUCCAAAAGGAGGCGGCCAUUGGAGGAGAAGGACGACAACAACAAGAGCAGCAAUCAUGGUUCCAGCAACAACAAUUCAGAAACACUAACAUCGAAGCUGAAUCCAUGGCUCCAACCCAAACAAAAUACGACGAGAGAAGGGGAUCGAACCAGCACGCAGCUGUUCAGACCCUGCAGAAGGGCUCAGAUGAUGGUUACAACUGGAGAAAGUACGGGCAGAAGCAGGUCAAGGGAAGUGAGAAUCCGCGAAGCUACUACAAGUGCACCUACCCGAAUUGCCCCACCAAGAAGAAGGUGGAGAGGUCUUUGGAUGGGCAAGUAACAGAGAUCGUGUACAAAGGCACACACAACCACCCGAAACCUCAGUCGAAGAGGAACUCAGCCUUCUCUCAAGCUUCUCGGCCUUCUGGACUCACUGAAACCGUCAAUGAUCACCCAACAAUCGAAGCAGUCGCGACACCUGAGAACUCCUCAAUCUCUUUUGGCGACGAUGAAGUGGAUGUGGGCUCUCAUAAUAGACCGGGUGUUGACGAAUUCGAUGAAGAUGAAUCCGACGCUAAGAGAUGGAAGCAGGAAAAAGACAGUGAUGUAUCUGGUUCAGCUAACAGGACUACUCUCAAAGAGCCGAGGGUGGUGGUUCAGACCAUGAGUGACAUUGAUAUACUUGAUGACGGAUUUAGGUGGAGAAAAUAUGGCCAGAAGGUCGUCAAAGGGAACCCUAAUGCAAGGAGCUACUACAAAUGCACCACCAGUGGCUGCCCAGUAAGGAAGCAUGUGGAGAGAGCGUCCCAUGAUCAGAGGGCAGUGAUCACUACCUACGAGGGCAAGCACAACCAUGAUGUCCCGGCAGCUCGUGGAAGCGGAGCACAGCUGGUCAACAGGCCUAACAUAAUUAACUAUAGCAACAUUAACAACGAUAACAAUAACAAUAACUUUUCUGUGGCUAUACGACCAUCGGCGACCACGAAUAAUCAUAAUCGACUCUUGACAAACUCUACCUUGAACACCAAACUUGAAGUGUCGCAGAACCAAUCUUCCUUUAGUACUCUUGACAUGAUUAAGAGUUCAGGGAGCUACGGGCUCUCUGAUUAUGAUAGUUCACUAAACUCUUCCUACAGGAAUUUGCAGCAGCAGCAGCAGCAACAGACACAAAUAGAAAGUGUUUUCUCCAAAACAAAGGGAGAACAAAGAGAUGAGUCAAUCUUCAUGUCUUUGAACUGAUUGUGUCGUAGUGGUUAAACCAGAGUGACAUGAUACUAGAUUUGUUCAAUUCGUUUUACUGUUUGAGGCCUUUUGAGCAACAGCCCGGCCUUUUUGUGUAUGUCUGUACUAAUUACACCAAUUAGAAAUUAGAAUAGUGGCUAGAGAAGACAAAGGAAUUUGGACAAGAACAAUCUGUAUUUUCAAUUGUUUUUAUUACAGAACAGAAAAAAAAAGCACAAGUUGGCAUCUGCUUAUAUAUAAUUAAUAAGUCUUGAGUUUCCCGACUA